CAAAACAAGUAACGAUUAUUAUCAAUAUUAUUAUUAUUGAGACAAUAGUUUUGAACAACAGUUCCUCUAUGAUCUCUGUGAUAUUUUGUACUGUAAUCUUGUCUCAUUCGAGAAAUUUAUUACUUUUAGUAUUUAAAAGCGGAAAGUUAAUUAUUUCACAAAGCAGGACUUGAUCAUGAGUUCCAAUGAUCAAGAAAAUUACAAUUCUGACGAAGUUGGGAACAUACCUGUAGUAAUGAAUGAAGAAAGUCAAUCGCCAUUAAAUAUUGCCUCUAAUGAUGACGAAGAAAAUUCAAAUUCAAAUUCUGAACAGGAACAAAUUCACGGAGCACAUGUUCCAACGAUUAUUGAUCCUGUGAGGCAGUACAUGUUACAAAAACAUCUUGUUCUUCUUAUACACGCACAAACAUGUUUAGAAGAUGAAAGUGAACGAAAUAUUCCAGCUUCCAGUUGUCGUGUUGCCUUUUGUGAUGUGAUGAGAAAUGUUCUAAAACACAUGGAAACUUGUUUAGAUGGCAUAAAUUGUACAUAUGAAUUAUGUAGUGCAUCUCAAUUACUUUUAUAUCAUUUACAAAAUUGUGGUCAAGCAACAUGUCCCCUUUGUGCACCAUUCAUUGAUACCGAUGUACUUUUAACAUCACCUGAACCAGAAUCAUCAUCCGACACGGAAAAUAAUAUAAAUAAUUAUCCACGAAGAAUUAGAUCAAUGUCAAAUUUAGAUUUAAAUCCACAAGAAGGUGUUUCAUCAUUAGAAGAAAUUCUCCAUUCGCCAAAUGGUAUUUCAAGAUGGGUGGAAAAUACGAGAAAAUUGGUACAACUUAAUUGGCAAUUAUUUUUACUUUUACACGCUGAUAAAUGUCGAGCUCAUCGUAGUCUCUUGUCAUGUCCAACGCCAAAUUGUCAAGAAUUUCGUACUGCAUUAAAUCAUAUGCCAAAUUGUCAAGCUGGACGAAAUUGCAUAUUUCCACAUUGUUCAGCCUCGAGACAAAUCAUUAAUCAUUGGUUAAAUUGUCGUUCAAGUAUUUGUCCAUUGUGUGUGCCUAUCAGACAAUUGGAAGGUGUACGUAGUAGAAAUUUCUUCACAUCAGUAUUACAAUCGAGUAGAAUACAUCGAAAUCCCGGACCGUCAAGUGCACCACCGCCUUUGCGACCAAUAGGAAAUCAACCAAGUUCGUCACAAAAUUUGAGAAAUAAUGGACAGAGUUUGAAUUCUAUAGCUGAAAAUGAUCAAAUUGAUGGAAUCAAUAGUGAUGUAAAUAAUCCACCAGGUGUGAGAGGACAAGGAUCAGGGGAUAUAAAUUCGUAUCGUACACCAUUGGAUGUGAAUGUUAAUCAAUCUACUAAUAGAACAAAUUAUAAUAGAGAUCCAUUACCUCUUUUGAUACACGUGAGUCAUGGUCCAUCAUGUUCGUUGAGUACAAACGCUGCAGGAUCUCUUCAAUUGUGCUCUUCAGCUGAACAUCAUUAUCAACAAUCAGGUUUUAUAUUUUCAAAUCCAAAUCCUCCGACGACACAAACGGAUGUUAGUCCACCGGGUGUUAGAGUUGGAAGUUUGCCAGGUUAUGGUCCAGAUGAUGUGAGUCCACCCGGUGUGAGAAUUGGAAGCCUUCCAGGUUACGGUCCAGAUGAUAUCAGUCCACCUGGUAUGAGAAUUGGAAGCUACAAUCUAAAUCCUACAGUUGAAACUAAUGAAACAAUUGAAAACAAUCAAACACUUCUUCGUGUGUGUGAUGAAAGUGUCAACAAUUCAUCUUCAUCAUCAAAAAUUGAUUUAAAUCCAGUUCCAGAGGGAAAGAUUUCAGAAAAUCGUACAUCAGAUACGUCAGUGAAUAGAGAUACAACAGUGAAUGAACCGGAAAUGCAAGCGCUUACCGGAACUAUGUCAAGAAUGUCUGUACCAGAAACUACUGAGACCAAUACAAAACAAUUAAAAGAAAUUGAUUCCAAUGAAUCAUCAAAUAUUGACACAACUUCAGUUAUAUCUUCCGAAAAAGAACUUAAUCCAAUUGAUGAUUCAAAUUCUCAAAUUACUGUUAUUGAUCCUUCGUUAGAUCUUCAACAAAAUGAAGGUUCAUCGACAACUGUAGAUGAAGAAAAAUGAUUCGCAUGUAAUAUGCAAAAAAAAAAAACAAUGACGAAAGGUAUAUUAUUCUAUUUUUAAACAAAUUUUAUGGCCUUGAUAUAUUGCAAUUUUUAAAUAGUGACAAAUUGAUUCGGUAUUAUAAUUAGGCCAGUGUAGAUAAAUUUUACUUGAUUUCUAACUAACAAUGUAAAAUAGGAACAGAGGGGACUUUUUAUUAAAGAUAUUUUUAUUAUUAAAA